AUGUCUUCGUUUGCUGAUGAGGUCGAGUAUAAGCUCGAUGCCGUCAAGGCAACACAGUGGGGCCCUGGGGAAAUUGACGAGAUAUUUCGCCCAGCAUGCAUCGAUCUUGUCUCGGCGGGAUUGGGUGGCAAGGUUCUCGGAUUCUCGGAUGAAUGGUUUGCUGAGGCCAAUAACCUCUUAACCCCAACGGCCCCCAUCAGCCAACCGGGCAAGAUGGUCUAUACUGGAGCUUGGUACGACGGCUGGGAGACUAGACGCCACAACUCUGAAGAAUUCGACUGGGUUGUGAUCCGCCUCGGUGUCGCUUCUGGUACCGUCAAGGGCGUCGAAAUAGACACUGCCUUUUUCAAUGGCAACAAUGCUCCCGCCAUCUCUGUCGAGGGAUGCUUCAGUGACAACGACGAAGAGGUCGUCUCAUGGAAGGGUGGCCGAGGCAACUGGGAAACCAUCCUCGGCAUUCGAGAGUGCGGGCCAUCUCAAAGACACGGCUGGAAGCUUGACGCGCCCACCAGCAAGCAAUACACCCACGUGAGACUCAACAUGUACCCGGAUGGAGGCAUUGCCAGAUUCCGUCUGUUUGGACACGCAGUGCCUGUAUUCCCCGAGGAUAAGGACACCGUUUUCGAUCUUGCAGCGGCGCAAAACGGCGGCAUUGCCAUCUCGUGCAGCGAUCAACACUUUGGCUCCAAGGACAACCUGUUGCUGCCGGGCCGCGGAAAGGACAUGGGCGAUGGUUGGGAGACGAAGCGUUCGCGAGGCAAGGACCACGUCGACUGGACGAUUGUCAAACUGGGUGCCCCGGGGUAUAUCCAGGAGUUUGUCGUGGACACGGCGCACUUCAGAGGAAAUUUCCCGCAAAAGGUUGCUGUCCACGGUCUGUCAUGGCAAGGAGAGGGCCAGCCCGAAGCGACGUCUGAGGGAUGGGUUGAGGCCGUAUCACCCAGCAAGACGGGGCCUGAUCAAGAGCACAAAUUUGUGUCUGCGGUUGGAGAUAUACCCCUUACGCACGUGAAGCUUACCAUGAUACCUGAUGGAGGAGUCAAGCGAUUCCGGGCCUUUGGUAAACGUGUGGCGUAG